AUGGAUGACAUCAUGGAACGACCUACGAAGCGCCCGCGUCUCUCGUUACCUCCAGGUUCGCCCGAGGAAACAUCCGAGUGGGAUUUACAAACAGCGCGCACCCAGAACGACCUCCGGCUUAAGUCCAUCUUCGAGGGCAUUUUUUCCAAAUACGGCAACGACUUUACAGAAGUGGGCGAUGAGAUUGAUCUGGAGACGGGAGAGAUUGUCGUCAAUAAUGGGCAUUUGCAGGGUCUUUUGGAAGAGAAUAGCCCGCAAGACAACACGCCGUCAUGGCUCUUCGGGACCGAUCUCUCCAAACCCGAGUCUGACAUCGCCCAAGAUGAAGCACAGGAUGGCGUGCAGGAUGAACUUAAAGAUUCCCAGUACGAUCCCUCAACAGUCCAUCCCAGGAACGAGCUGUCGGGAUUUAGCACCGACGGCGACACAAGCGUGGAUUCACUUUUAGACACUGCUUUGGCGUUUGACACCAAGACGGGGAUCCCAAGAUCCAAUCCCACGGGAUCCAAAGAUCAAUAUGCACUUGAUCCACCGGAGAAAGAUCCUGGUCCAACAGAUCCUCUUUGGCAGGCGCCUGAAUUACCCUCACUGUUUUCAACGCCGACGGCAGAACGCCGCAGAAAUGUCGUUCAGACCCCACGGCUUCCACACAUCACCAGAGAAGUUUCUCCACCUGGAUCCGGAUCUCUCUGGACAGUCCCGCGACGAGGUCGACCACGUAAAGAUGGGCAACAAAAAGCGACCCCGUCGCCGAGUAAAUCCCGGUCUCGGGCGAAGCGCAAGCCUCAUUCCAGCCCUGCGGCGCGCGACUGGUCUUUUGCUAAAGUUACCGAUGGCGACGAAUCAGACGAUCCGCUACAGGAGGACUUCCCCUCAUAUACCCCUUCGCGAUCACAGGGCACGGAGAAGAAAUUCCACACCUCGCCUCAACUGAAACUAAAUAUUCGUGUUGAAUCUAGAUGCCAAUCACCGAGCCCAGCGGACCCUGCUUUGCAUGGCCAAUCGGCUAGUGGACUUGGGCAUGGACCUCGCAUCCAGGGCCACCACUCGGAAGAAAGCCAUGUUCAGAGUGAGGUGGCACCCAAUGUUCGAAAUUUCCAAUGCGAUUCACCUGCACCGCCUCACUGUGAGGGGAAAUCCGACUCGCCACAAAAAAGUACAUCUGCCAGAUCUCGCGGCGGCGUCACGCCCGAUGAAGCUAAGGUGAUAGUAUGCAUGCGAUAUGUCCAGAAGAGGAAAUGGAAAGAUAUCCUGGAUUUUUUGCCAGGGCGCAAAAUGCCACAGAUUAUACAAUGGAACGCAAUUCACUGGACCGAUCGGCGUGCGAAUCCGCCCGAGGUUUCAACUCCCUGGUCGGAGACUGAGCUGAACGUCCUGGAUGCCCUGAAGGAUCGGUCGGAUCUCUCGUGGUCUAAAAUCCAGACUGAACUGCCUGGUCGAUCUCGGCGUGAAAUUGAAAUUGAAUUGUUUCGUCUCUGGGUUGGAAAUGAUGUUUGGGGUGGUACAGAGCGAAAUAUACCUUCGAAAUCUGAGGCAACGAUCGAAAAUAGGGAACAAUCACAAAAGAACGAUGCAUCUAAAUCUUCUGAAUCUUCCGUCACGGCCGUGAAGGAGAAGCUCACAGUGAUUGAACCUCUUGAAAUCGAGCUUCUAACACCGAGAACAAAGCGGCGGCGUCAAUUUGAAGAUUUCCUGGAAGACGAUGAUGACGAUGAUCUUAUUCUCAUCAAUGAUGUAUCGUCUCCCUCUAAAAUGUCCGCAAUUUGCCUCAAUACUCCAUCUCCCAGCCGAUCUCGUUCAGCGACACCGAGGAGAGCCUCACCUGUCAAGCGUUUGAAGUUAGGAAAUUGA